AUGGCAGCGCUGCUACUCGUAUCUACGACAGUGGCAAAGCCACUGAUGAUAUUUGAUUGUGUCAAUGACGGCCUUGGCGGUGCAUUCUGCCAAAAAUGGGGCGAAUCUUUCACUUGGGACCAUCCUACCAAACCAGUAGGCCGCUCGCGUAGCCGCAAAGCAGGAUGUGGGUCCAAAAACCGCUGCAGCAAGAGCCCAUACGGCACAGCCUAUCAGUGCGACGAGUUCCCUUUCAAAUCGGUCCAGGAAUCAGAUGCAGGUGGUCAGGUCAACCGAUGCGUCAAGAAAGGGUAUAACAAUGCGCAGAGUCAAGUCAUCCGCCAGUUCUACAAUUCCGAAGGCUCUUUCAAAGGAAAAGGCUGUGAUUCUACGUUCCCCUGCUCCUUUAAUAUUGUUUUUGCCAAUGCUGGUAACAUCGACUGGUGCGAUUCCACGGCUAGCAAGUGCAAGAACGAUGGCAACGAGUACACCAAGGCAGGCAAGGUGCCUGACCCCAGCAAGAGGCUCAUGCAUCGUCAGGAAAGCUAUAACGGAACCCUGCAAGUUGGCGGUAUGUAUCUUUUGGAGAGUGGCCAGUCAAUUGUCUCGGCCCAGCCGCUGAGCAUUGGGGAUCGAGCGUUCAGGGUCAAGCGGCACAACGAGACGCUUUAUGCCGAGUACAACCAUAUGCACAUCCCGGACGACGAGCAAGGUCUGGAGCAAUACGAUUAUAUGAUGGAUAACCUAUAUCUAGAGGAGGAUGUUGUAGUUGGAAAAGUUUGA